AUGGCGAUCUCGGUGAAAGUGAAAAAGUUUCAAAUACCUAAAUGCAAGGGCGAAAAACUAGCCAAAGUAGAAUUUAGAGGAGUUUCGCACCUUACAAGGAUAUUAGAAGAUGAUAGUAGUGAACAUAUAGCAGUUGACGAGACGUUCGAUUGGCCUGUUGCGAGACCAGUUGAAGAAGAUGAAUUACUUGUCAUUGAAUUAUUUUCCAGGAACCGGCUGUUCGCAGAUAAAUUGAUUGGAUCAUAUCGUUUAGUUCUUCAACGGGUGAUAAAAGAUGGGAAAUUAUUAAUUUCUGACAGCCUUCUCGAUGGCAAUAACAAAACUUUACCGGUCACGGUAGAAUUCGAAGUAACUUACCGGGCUCCAGAUGAAUCAAUGACAGGUUACGACACGUUAGAAGACGAUCAGCAAAUGCUCAUCGACAUUGAGCAGAAUAUAGCCAAUAUCGAACGAAAUUUGGCAAGUAAUGCCCGAAAUGCAGACGUUGCUACUUCAGGGAAGAAGAGCACGGAAAGGACGAUGCAGGAGAAGAGAAAAAAUGCAUUAAGAGCCGUCAGAGGGCUAAUAAGAUUCGGUAAACAGCGGCCGCCGAAAGACAGCGAUAACGAAGACGAAACUGCUAAUUUAAUAGUUGAAUCCGGCAGAAACUCUCGAGCGUCCGAUUUUGAUCAAAGUUCCCUGUCAAGAGCUGGUAGCCAAAGCUCGAUCGACUCAAAUGAUUUCCAAACAUCGACAGCUUUAUCCGAGAGGCAACGAAGAACUUCGAGGAUUAAAACUGACAUGAAGACUGCUGUUGAAUCUGUUUUAAAAGCUCAAGAUUUUCAAGUAUGCUUGACAAUAAUUGAAGCGAGACAACUUGCGGGGCUCAACAUGGAUCCCGUUGUUUGCAUACAAGUGGGAGAUCAGAAAAAAUAUACCAGCGUCAAAGAAAGUACAAACUGUCCUUAUUAUAAUGAGUAUUUCGUCUUUGAUUUCCAUAUGCCACCCAUAAUGCUUUUUGACAAGAUUAUAAUGUUGUCGGUGUUGCAGUCUCGGAACAUUCUCAGGGGUAACAAAUUAUUAGGAAGCUUUAAAUUAGACAUCGCAACUGUAUGGGCUCAACCAGAUCACCAAUUUUUCCACAAAUGGGCUCUCCUUACCGACCCCGAUGAUAUAGCAGGAGGUCCCAAAGGAUAUCUAAAAUGUGACAUUAGCGUUAUUGGGAAAGGCGAUUCCGUUAAAGUGCCGCCAAAAAGUGAAAAAGACGAAGAUGAUAUUGAAGCGAAUCUUCUACUACCAGACGGUGUUCCGACGGACAGACAGAAAGCUCGCGUGAUUGUCAAAAUUUACAGAGCAGACGGUCUACCCAAAAUGAAUUCUUCUUUAAUGGCCAACGUGAAGAAGGCCUUUACUGGAGAACUUAACGAUUUAGUGGACCCAUAUGUACAAGUUUCUUUUGCGGGAUUGAUGGGGAAAACGAGCGUAAAAAAGCACAGUUAUGCACCGGUGUGGAACGAACAGCUAAUUUUCACGGAGAUGUUCCCUCCUUUGUGUCAGAGAAUAAAAAUCCAAUUGAGAGAUGACGAUCCGGUGAAACCGACGGUGAUUGGCACGCAUUUUCUAGACCUCAAAACUAUUUCCAACGACGGAGAAAAGGGAUUUCUACCCACGUUCGGCCCAUCUUUCAUUCAUUUAUACGGAUCUACAAGGGAUUACAGCCUUAUUGACGAACAUUCCAGCUUGAAUACGGGCCUAGGGGAAGGUAAGACGGCUUAA